UGGAGGAAAGAGAGGCAAAUAGAUAACACAGUGAGGCUGAUUGACUGGAGAGGUCCCCCUCCCUCACCCCUUCUGAUGAAAGCUCGAUCGACUCUGCUCCUUUUAAGUCAAAUCUCAUCACUCUCCUGCUCCAGCCCUCUUCCUCCACUAGAGCAGAUCAGCGAGUGUACCCUGCAAGCUCUGUUCUGUUCUCCAUGAACAAGACAAGCUCUGUUUCUCAUUAAUGGCGUAGUUUGAUUCCAUUCAAGUUCUUGAAUUGACGGGUCUCACUGUACCCCCUCCCCUCAGCAAUUACUCUGCAACUACCCCUUCGGUUGUGGCGAUCAUGUCUUCUUCAAUGCCAAUGGCUUGCUUUCAUUUGGACCGGGAAUCAGGAUAGGUAUAUGCGACCCAGGUGUGCGAUCCUCCUGAAUGUCCGAUGGCGCCGAAGAACGCUUGCUGGCUCAGUUGGAUUAAGCGGCUGUUUGUGUCCGAGUCGAGAACGAAACCCAACAAGAAGCCGAAGAAGUGGAGGUUGUUUUUUGGGGGGUUUCAGGUGAAACGAUACCCUGCAAUUGUCGCACCGAAUCGAACACUAGAUGAAGCAAUCGAGGAACAGAGGAAGCAUGCAGUGACGGUCGCUAUUGCAACUGCUGCUGCCGCCGAGGCUGCAAUGGCGGCUGCCAGGGCAGCUGCAGAGGUUGUUAGGCUCACUGGAGCUUCCAGAACUUACAAUAACGUUUACAAGGGAGAUCAGAACUUGGCUGCGAUUAGAAUUCAAAGCGCUUUUCGAGCAUAUCUCGCAAGGAAAGCGCUGAGAGCUCUCAAGGGAGUGGUGAGGCUUCAAGCUAUAGUCCGUGGACAAGCUGUGAGACGCCGAACCCACUCGGAUAUCUUACCUUGGAGGAUUCAGUCUGCAAAUGCUAUAACAAAGACUGACAUUUUCGACACGAAAGAAUUUGGCAGGGGCCGGGGAGAAUCCACUGAGAAAGAAAUCAAGACUGAGUGCAGCAGUCCGAGGAAUUGGGACUGCAGCAAAAAUUCGAAGGGGGGUAUUGAGGCGAAUUUGCUGAGGAAGAAGGAAGCUUUGAGUAAGCGGGAACGUAUGAAGAAGUACUCGUACUCUUUCCAGGAAAGACGAAAUCCUCAAAUUCUGGAAGAAUGGAUAUUCAACAAAGACUGCGGAAUGAGGAGCUGCAGGCUGGAACAAUCAUUGUCAGCUGGCUCCGAGUCAAGUAACACUAUGCAGAAGCCUCAUGCCUCAGGAAAAGUCACCAUUUUCUCCGAUUCGACAGUCGGCGACAUAUACCGAAGUUCACAAGAUUUUAAAUCAGGAAACACGAGGACAAUGAGCCUGGAAGAAGCACUGAAUACCCCUCGUUCUCUACCAAGGAGAUCGUUCUGCCAAGUGAAGCAGCUCUCAGUUGAAAUAGAUGAUAGUAACCUCCCGAGCUCGCCGGUGUUCCCCACUUACAUGGCCAUAACGGAGUCUGCCAGGGCUAAGUCUCGGUCUAUGAGCACGCCGAGGCAGCGGGCUGGGUAUUUCAGUACUUGGAAUGACCAGAACAAUUUGUCAUAUAAAGAUGGUCUCACGUUAUCAUCUUCAUAUAACGGUGACUCUGCUGGCCUGAAUCAGAAGUGGUCCAACUACCCGUGCGAGAAAUUGGAGCGCGUGAGCGGUCACUACUGAGAACGAAUGCAUCAUCCCGGAGCUAGUCGAGUCUCCAUUAUACUAAGAAGUUUUGACAGCUAUGCUGAGACAACUCGUCGGAAUUUCGUUUAUCCCUAUCCGAUAUGAUGUAGCUCAUCAUAACUCCCAAGAGGAAAUUUCAAUGAGUGUUCAUUCGGCUUUAAGUCGGAGAGAAGUACCAUCCCGAGCAACCAUGAGUACUUAGUUUUGAAUCUAGAGUCACUUGUGAGGGAGUUCAUUUUCUCAGGCAACGGAAAAUGAGCCUAUCUUCUUUCUUUCCUUCUUGGUGUUUUUUUCCCCCCUUUUUCUUCUUUUGCGAGUUUUUGUGGAUUCGAGAGAGAGAUGGGUGUGUGAAUAUUCUUUCGGAUUUAUGUUUGGUGGCAGCAAAAAAGAGUCCUUGCAAUAAACUUGCAAAUUUUUGUUGUUGCAUAUCUGUUUAUGAUAUCAUAAUUGCAGCUCCUUUAUGAAGCUCUUGUUU